GCCGCUUAUGGCUAGGCAGCACGCAUCGACCAGCAGCUUGUUCCGACCUCUCAUGAUUCUCGGGAGCCCGCAGAGCAAACAACUCUUCGCACACGGAGUCGACGAAGCCCAGAGAACUCGAAGCCCCUCGCCGACGCAUCUCCUGCACGCGCCGCUACACCUGUCGGCUGCCGUACCCGCCCCCUCUACACCCGGGGCCUUGGACAGCUCGUGGCGACGGCAUCGCUUUCUAUCGAAACACCGCUCAAGCCCAGUGGUCCUCGUCCUCGAAGCCUUUGUAUCAUAGUCGAUUCGGUCGGGAUCGCGUAGGGCGGGGUGUCCCUCAUCGGGGGCUGGCGACGUGCCUUUGGUCUCUGCAUGGCGACGACGAGUCCGAGUGCGCAGCUAGGCAAACCAGGCUGGGGUUGCGUGAAUGCUUCAAGCCCUAUACCACAAAGUGCUGCUGGGAGAGGGUGUUGUGGUCAGCGUUAAAAAGCGGCGGGGAGGCUGUAGCGAGCGUAUGCAGGGCGCAAGCAACCGCAGCCACUAUCCCCUCCGACUUGAAGCCGCCCCUUCGCCUUCCGACUCUACGGACCCCCCGCACUUUCUCCCCUUGCAAGACUUCGAUUCUCUCCCGGAUUGGCGCGCCGCCAUGAUGUCCAUGGCCGAGGGAGGCGGGCCUACAUCCGCGGUCUCCACCCAGCGCCAUGCCCGCAAGCCUUCGACGCUUGUCGCUGUCCCGAAGAUCGACUUCGCCAAGCCAAAGCCCACGCUGACUGCCUCUGCAGGGCUCCAAAUACCACCGGCAAGGAGCUCCGCGUCUCCUGCUACUCGAGACCCAUCGCUCAACUCAAGCAUGCCGCGGCUCUCCCGGGACGUCGCGAAGGAGUAUAAUGUCUAUGCCGCGCCUUAUAUACCGGUUCAUUUGAGGCAAAUCAAUCGUGCGCCCGCUCAUGACUUUAAUACUCCAGCGCUCCACCAGAUCGAUUACUCAACGUAUGUCACCACCUUCGCGGGCCAGAGCUUUCGACCGGAACCGCUUGAUGUCCCAGCACAGCCAUCACGCCGUCAUGCGGCUAGAUCGCCUUUACCCCUCUCGGCGGACUGGUAUCUAAACUACUUUACGCCGCUAUGGAGUCUUGAGAUGUCAGCAAAGGAACAAGAGCACGAGCGUUUUGCACUGUAUCAAGUAGCUCUUCAGCGAAUAAGGUUCGAAGACGACGAAGAUCUCUUCGCUCUCUGUAUACCAGGAAUACGAGAGGACAGCCCGCUCGUGGAAAAGGGCGACACCAUUCAACUUCGACAGCUGUGGGUCAAUCCUGUAGGGAAUUCGAUGGCUCUCCCGACUCAAAACGGCCGUCCUGGAAAUAUCAGCCAGCCGAGCUUCACCGGUGUGCAAUAUAACGCCUCCGUUUACAAUGUCAAUCGGACCACCGAGAUAGUAUAUCUUAGAGCCAAAGGCCUGCCGGACUUGCCGGGACUAGCUCUUCUUGCUUUAGUCGUUAACGUCAUGUUUCCUCUAAAGUUACGCGUCUUAAGGGCGUGUUGGAACGCUCUGGUGUUUGUCGACAGAGCCCUACAUACGAGACGAUCACGGUCAACUCCCGACGGCCCGGUUGAUUCGGACAGACGCAUUCAACGAGAAGUCAACCACGGUGGAGGCGAUAUUCCUUCAACAUCCGCGCAACAGGAGCGAAACGGAAAUCAAGGCACUGGUAUCGGCACCGAGGUUCAACCUACGACAGCGUCAAAUAACUGGCUCGAGACCAUUCUGUUUCCCGUCGAGGCUGCCGGAAAGCUUCAAACUGAAUUACGCGGACCUCCGCACCGAGGAUACUUUGACCCAGACAUCAACUUUGAGCAAGGACACGCGGUCGGCGACCUCGUCACCAAUAUUUAUGGCACGCUACCCUACCUUAUCUCUGGGCCACCAGGCACCGGUAAGACAAAGACACUCGUCGAAAUUGCGAUGCAGCUCCUCGAGUCCGAACAAGUUAGUCACAUCCUCAUUUGCGCCCCAUCGGACCCAGCUGCGGAUACGCUGGCUCUACGGCUGAAGCAAUAUCUCAACCCUUCGCAGUUGCUGAGGCUCAACGGGCCUUGGCGCACAGACAUCGAAGUUCCCCAGGAGUUAAUGCCGUAUUCGUAUAUGGAGAGGGAUAUGUUUUACCUUCCACCUUUCCAGAAUCUCAUGGCUUUUGAUGUCGUCGUGACGUCCUGCCGGGACGCCUCGAUUCUGGUUGACGCGCGGUUGACCAAUGCGGACCUUUGGACGAUUGAGAAGAAUAUGCUCUCCGCUUUUCAUCCCGAGGACUCUGCGCCAUCGCCUCCUAAGCUUCACUGGGGAGCUCUGCUAAUCGAUGAAGCUGCGCAAGCAACUGAGCUGGACGUCUUACCGGGUAUCAGCGUCGUCUGCCCCCCGGCCGCCUAUUCACAAGAAUAUCCACAGCCACGCUUCGCUAUGGCUGGUGAUGAGAACCAGCUCGGGCCACGGACUGCCUCACGCGACCCUCAGUUCUCAACCUCGCUCUUCGCCCGCUUAUUUGACCGGCCCUUGUACAAGAACCACCCGUUGUCUCGAUCGAACAUGAAGCCAUCCGCGGGCCCGCCGGUGCUGAAGAAGUCCAUGCUUCCGAUCCUAUACCCACCCUUCACGAAUCUGAUACGAAAUUACCGCUCUCAUCCCGCUAUACUCAGCGUACCGAGCAGUCUCUUCUACAACGACACCCUGAUGCCCGAAGCUCCAGCCGCCCAUACCCCUUUGCAGGCCUCGUCCCUAUGGCAGGGCCGCAGAUGGCCCGUCCUCUUCCUGCCCCACACGGGACCCGACGAGAUUGAACGCGACGGAGGAGGCUGGUACAACAUCAACGAAGCGCAUAUUGCCUGCGACGUCGCCCAACGCCUUGUAUAUGAAUCCAAAGUUCCCCAAGCAGACAUUUGUAUCAUGUCCCCCUUCGCAGCGCAGGUCAAGUUACUUCGCGCAAGGAUCCGCUCGAGCAGGUACGGUGGCGGAGCCGGGCUGUGGGACAUUAACAUCGGACCGCUGGAAGCAUUCCAAGGUCUCGAACGACGCGUCGUCAUCAUAUGCACUACUCGAACUCGGGAGCAGUUCCUGGAGCAAGACUCUCAACGCGGACUCGGCAUGAUCUAUCAGCAUCAGAAGAUGAAUGUCGCUCUCACGCGUGCGAAGGAGGGCCUCUUCGUCAUCGGCAAUCCGGCCGUGCUGAGGCAAGACAAGCAUUGGAACGCGUGGUUGGCCUUCUGUUGGCGGAAUGCACUCGUGUGGGACCAGAGUCGUGUCUGGGAUGGCAGCCAGGAAGGCUUUGGCGGAGAAAAGCUCGGCGUAUUGGAGCGUGCCCUGCUGGCCAAGGAGAAGCAGGGUGAGAGGCUGUUGGGCGCUUCUUCCACGUCGCUGGAGCAGCAUGAUGACGCUGAGUAUCGGGCGUGGACUGAGGGGUUGAGAGAGGCACUCGAGGAGGAAGAUGGCGAAUUUGACGAGGAGUACUAGGCUUUGAGGGUCUUUUCGGGCGUUAGGAUACCGUGUCCUCGUACGCUUCUGGGUGAGGAGCUGCCCUUGGUUUGUAUACCUCUUCUCAUAGCGGUUGGAUAGAUCUGGGUGAUGGUCGGGUAUGAGUCUGCAUAGCAUAACGGUAGGAGUUAAGGUAAUUCAUGUCCCUCUUUAUAAUGGGGUGCAUUCCCCAUCGCUGGACGCACCUACCCACGCCUCUUUCACAAACAAGAGCUACAUAGCAACCCGAACAGCGUCGGGCUGUAUUAUCACAAUGGAGCUGGGCAGCAUCACGCCCACAUAGCAGAAGCGAGACUGAGAAGUACAAAACAUACGAACGAAAAGGGUAUCUCAGUUAAGUUCCUA